CCCUCACAACAUUGCACAGGCGGACACAGGCGGUGGCAGUACGAGGAGAAGACGGCUCAGGAAAGAAUCCUGUUGGACGACAUGUCUAGAAGUCAGCACAUGAAUGACAGGGCGUUAAAAAACAACAGAGACGUAUGAAGAUUUCACGUUCAUGGUAGUACUGUACGAGCACCAUUUAAGUCUUUGUGCGUUGAAAAUGGAGUUUGCUUGUGGGUUUGUUUAUGUGCCACCGUCACUGAGUCAGAGGGACGGCCGGAAAUCCAACAACAACGUCAUCAAGCGCUCAGCCCUCCUUCCUCCUCUUAACCGGGUCCGACCUCGCAGUCCUCCUCCCCCUCCUCCUACCCUGAGCAAUUCUACAAAAGCCACUACUUCAGAAUCCGCCCUUUUUUCCGCCAACGUUUCCUCCAGGAUUGAACAAUUGGGAAAGACACUGGAAGCGAAGGUCACGAAGCCCACUCCCUUUUAUGAAAAUGCAGAAUUUCACAAUAAAGCUUCCAACGUCAGCAUGACUCCUCAGCAUACAACGACUCGGAAGAAGGCUCUUCUUCCACCGCAUAUGAAAUCUGCAGCAAGUGGCCAGCCUCCACCUGUCAAUCAGCCACUCACUUCCCCCAGUAGUCAGAUAUUUACCUAUGACCUCCCAAAAGAGGAUCCAGAUUUAAAUGCACAUCCAUGGGACCUGAACUACUCCUACAAUACACCGGAAGGCAGUGGGGAUGAGGUGAAACUGCAACCUGACAGUGGCAUCGUGCCAGCAUCAGCCCCGGCCCUGCCCCCGAGGCCCUCAUUCAUGAAGUCACUGCCGGUGUACCUAGUGGUGCUACCCUUCUCCACUUCAACUCCUUCAUGCUCUCAGAAAUCUUCCUCAACCACACCAAUUGCCAAAUCGUCUGUUAGUGAAGUGUCAGAAGAUAAGGGACCUCUGCCGGGAAAUCCUAAUGUGGUCCUUGUCAGUUUAGGAAAAUUAAUCUCAGAGGGAAAAGAGCAAAUCAUACAAGGAGAGCCCACCUUCUGCUCAGAGUGUGGCUCUGUGCUGGACUCCUGCUAUUACAAUGUGGUCAAUAGGUGUUCCUUCUGUCGGCCCUGGGAUUUGACCAGCCCUCCCAGUAUAAAACAGCCCCCCUUAAGUGGUGACAAGGACAACCUCUUCGUGCUCAACCCUAAUGAAAAGCCCCUCUCCACUUCUGAUGCUCUGUUGCUCUUUUGCAUCGACAUAUCAGGCUCCAUGAGCAUCACCUCGCAGGUCUCUGAGACAGAGUAUACUAUCCACAGAUCUCGUCUAGAGUUUGUCCAGGAAGCCGUCCUGCAGAGCGUUCGGAGUCUGAGUGAACAAAAACCUGACACAAGAGUGGGGCUCAUCACCUUCAACCAUCAGGUGACGAUGCACGGACAUGAGAAUUGCACAUCAAGUUCCCUGAGCGGUGUUGAGUUAAUUGACGUUGACUAUCUGAAAGAUGCAGCUGCCAGUUUCCCCUGUCCACCUCCAAUUUCGCAGACCAAGGACUUCUUACAGGGACAAGUUAUGGGAUUGUGUGCAAAUGGAGCUACAGCUUUGGGUCCAGCAGCACUGUUUGCAAUCGCAAUGGCUUCCAGACAACCGGGCUCAAAGGUGAUUAUCUGUACAGAUGGAAAGGCCAAUGCCGAGUUGGGGAAUCUAGAAGAGGAGGAUGAGGACUCUCGCACCCUCCUCUCAUCCACCAUCUUCUACCAGGAGCUUGGGGAGUAUGCUGCUAAUCAGGGCGUGACAGUGUCUGUGCUGUCCAUCGAGGGAACAGACUGCCGGCUGGAAGAGCUAGGACGGCUGGCUGAUCGUACAGGAGGGAAAGUAGUUAUAGCCAGCCCCAACAGGUUGCACCCAGAGUUUGAACAGAUCAUUGAAAACAGGACCAUAGCGACUCACUGCUCUGUGACGUUAUUGCUGCCCAAAACACUGCAAAUGAGAGGCGAGAGGAGCUCAGGACACCAAGCGACCAGAGACGUGGGGAACGUGGACCCAGAAACAGAGAUCACCUUCCAGUUUGGGGCCAAUGAACAGGACACAGAAGUGCCAGCCCCAGCUUCUGGCAGCUCCGUUGCCAUCCAGCUGCAGAUCAGAUACAGGAAGAGGAACGGGCAGAUGAUGCUCAGAGUAAUAACCACAAACCGAGACAUUACCGACGACAGCUCGGCGGCCCUGUCCUCUCUGUCCGUGGCCAUCAUUCAGCUCAACUCGUCACAGGCCAGCGCCGCUCUGGCUGUCAGAGGCCGCUUCCUCGACGCCAGAACCGAGGCAGAGCAGCAGAGGAAGCUCAUUGAGAGAGUGUUAGAGCAUAACUGCAGCACAGAGGACGAGCAGAUAUAUCAAGAAUGGAUUAAAACCAUGGAACCCGUCUACAACAACAUACAUAACUUCACAAGGAGAAAAUCUGUAAUUUCUGACUCGCAGUCUUUAACAGACGCCGGUGCAGCGCUGCUCUACACCAUGAAGCACAGCAACAGGAUGUCCAUCUCACUGAAGGAUAAACAGCGGCUCUAGCCAAGUGUUUCCCCCUUUUAGCUCGCUGCAAGCAACUCGAGUCAUGAGUGGCAAGGCUGG